AUGGUCGCCGUCAACGUGUCCCACAGCAAUUUGAGCCAGAAGAUGCUCGAGCUCCGCUUCGACCUCCACCAGACCGUCGGCGAGGUCAAGGCGCGGCUCCACCUCCACCACGGCACGCCCGCCGACAUGCAGCGCCUCACGCUCCGCGACGGCGGCGUCGACCUCUGCGCCAUGGACGACGACUCGAAGAUGCUCGGCUUCUACAGCGUGACGUCCGGCAUGGAGAUCUUCGUCCGCGACGUCGACCCCCACUCCAUCUCGCGCAACGGCGCGCUCGAGAACACGGAUUUGGUCGACAAGUACCGCAUGGACGACGAGACCUACGAGGCCCGCAAGGGCACGGUGCGCGAGUGGAUCAAGGAGCAGAAGGCCGCGGACCCGAACUGGAAGCCGCCCAAGCCCAACGGCGCGACGAACUUCGCCAACGCCAAGACCGCGGCGCUGCCCGCGGACGUCCCCACGGACGCCGACGCCGCCCACGUCGUGUUGGGCGGCCGCUGCGAGGUGAGCCCGGGCGCGCGCCGCGGCGUCGUCAAGUUCGUCGGCGCCGUCGACGGCAUGCCGCCGGGCGUCUGGGUCGGCGUCCACCUCGACGACCCCAUGGGCAAGAACGACGGCACCAUCAAGGGCAAACCCAUCUUCGAGAGCGCGCCGAACCACGGCACCUUCGCGCGGCCCAAGAACGUCGCCUGCGGCGACUACCCCAACGAGCUCGACGACUCCGACGACGAGCUCUGA